GCACCCCACCCUCUUGUCUGUCCCUCCCCGUCUCUGCCUCCAAAAGGAAAACCAGCCUGGUUUCCCCAGCCAGCCACCAAACGCAAACAGGACUCCAUUUUCCCACGGUACACACACACACGAGCUCCAGCAACCAACUACCAGCCAGCCACCACCCACCACCGCCGCUCCCCUCCACGCCACAACCACAACAAGGACCGAGCAAGAGAUGCCUCCUCCUCCCCAUCUCGCUCCCCCGCCCCAUGACCGCACCCACCACACCCAUCACCAGUAGCGCGGCCGGGUCGGAGAGUGAGUGACCGGCAUGGACCUGGGCGGGGUGCUGAUGGCGGCCGUGGACGCGGGGGUGGGCGGCGCCGAGCUCGGCAUGCUCGGAUCUAGGAUGCUCAAGCACGGGAGGGGCAAUGCGGACGCGGGCGACCACGGCGGCUGGGGCGUGCCGGCGGCCAAGCAGGCCAGGACCGACGCCGAGGUCUCCGAGGCCGUCAGGGCCGCCGCGCCCUACCUGGUCGGCACCUGCAGCCCCGGCCACGGCCGGGAGAAGAUGCUCAGCUUCUCCUCCUCCGCGGCCUCCUCCUGCCACUCCGCCGCCGCUGCUGCCGCCGAGGCCGCGGCCAUGCCGCUCUACUAUGGCACGCCCGCUUCUUGCUCAGGGUUGAGCUCAGUGAGCUUGAGCGCCAGCAUCCAGGGCGCCAUGGCCAGGGUGAGAGGACCCUUCACGCCGUCGCAGUGGAUGGAGCUGGAGCACCAGGCCCUGAUCUACAAGUACAUGGCCGCCAACAUCCCAGUGCCUCACAACCUCCUCAUCCCCAUCAGGAGGAGCCUCACGUCGCUCUACCCGCCUGCCUACUUUGGCUCCAGCACAUUGGGGUGGGGGUCUUUCCAGCUGGGCUACACCGGGAACGCGGACCUUGAGCCCGGCCGGUGCCGCCGGACCGACGGCAAGAAAUGGCGGUGCUCCAGGGACGCCGUCUCCGACCAGAAGUACUGCGAGCGGCACAUGAACCGGGGAAAACACCGUUCAAGAAAGCAUGUGGAAGGCCAGCCUGGCCAUGCCGCGAAAGCGAUGCCUGUGACGGUGGCGGCUGCUGCCCAGCCCGGUGCUCUCGCCACCGGGGGCAGCGGCGCUACUGCCGGCAUCGCCAUCAGUCAUCAGCCGCAGCAGCCUGUGAAGAGCUACGCUUCGAACACGAUCGAUCCUUGCUCACUGCAAUAUAACAGGGAGCCAGUGAACAAACAGAAUGAGAAUGAACUAGCGCAGGACUCUGACAGUCUUUCCAUGCUGACUUCCAUGAGUGCGAGGAAUACGGGUAGCCUCUUCCCGUUCUCAAAGGAACAUAACCCUUUUGAUGUGACGAACACAAGGCCAGAUUAUGGCCUUGUUUCAUCCGAUUCACUGAUGAGUUCUCCUCAUAGUUCCUUGGAGAAUGCCAGUUUGCUCGCGUCACAGGGUCUGAAUGAGCAACAGAGUUCACUCUCCCUGCAGCACUUUGUAGACUGGCCCAGGACUCCUUCGCAGGGAGCUCUUUCAUGGCCUGAGACUGAAGACAUGCAGGCUCAGAGAACCCAGCUCUCAGUGUCUGCUCCAAUGGCAUCAUCUGACCUAUCGUCGGCAUCCACGUCUCCUAUCCACGAGAAGCUGACGUUAUCGCCUCUCAAGCUGAGCCGCGAAUAUAGCCCUAUUGGUCUUAGCAUCACAGCGAUCAAAGACGAGUUCAACGAGGGAGAAGCAGACUGGAUGCCAAUGUUCCGUGACUCGUCAAUGGGCGGGCCAUUAGGAGAAGCUCUAACCAAGAACAGCAACAUGGAAGCAAGGAGCUACCUGUCGUCGUCUCUGAGCCUUAUGACGGAUGCAUGGGACUCGAGCCCAUUGGAGACGUCCCCUGUAGGAGUUCUGCAGAAGAACACCUUUGGAUCGGUUUCCAGCAGCACUGGGAGCAGUCCCAGGCUGGAGCACCAUGGUGUUUAUGAUGGUAUGACUAACCUGCGGGACGAUCUCGGCUCCAUCGUUGUAAAUCAUCCGAGCAUCCGCCUGCUGUGAAGCUUCUGACCAAGAGAGCUGCAACAAGAUGGCUGUCUGGCUGGCGAUAUGUUGAUGAACUUUGCAGACAGCUGGUCUCCACGUGCCUUGUUACAUAUCAACAUCAUAUCCAUAAGUGUCAGUAUUUACGUCCUAGCUUUGUUAUUUGAGAGACUAAUCUGGUGCCUUCGGUUCAUUCGUUUUCCCCUUUUCCUUGUAACCUUAGACUUGUUGACGUGCCGUUGUGUGUGUGGGUGGAUGGAUUUGGUGCUACAUUGUUCCAUAUCAUGUCACAGUGUUCAGUUUAUGAUGCAUUGCCAUGAUAGCUGUUGCUUAA